AUGGAGCCCGAGGGUUCCGACCGUGAGGAGCGCGAGACGCCAAGCGCUUUGACCCGACGUGCAUGUGAUCAAUGCCGUACUCGGAAGAUUCGGUGUGACAAGCGUGUCCCAUGUUCGAAUUGCCGUAGCUCGAACAUUACUUGUCGUUCCACAGGUGAAGGACAGAGACCGGCCGAGCCCCGGCGUCGCGUGUUGAUCUCUAGCCAGUAUGAGAAGAAGAUUGAUCUCAUCGAAGAGCGUCUCGGUGGCAUCGAGGAGACGUUACAACACCUCGGGGGAAUUGAACAGGCUCUAAGAGAGCUUCUAGUCUCAUCUCGACAGAAAAGUGUGGCCAGUACCACCAGAUUUUCAGCAUCCUCUCUAUCAUCACCCGAUACUCUAGCCCGAACUCAGUCCUCAGCAUCCAAGCAACAUCAUGAAGAUUCAAAAGCCCCCAUGUACACUUCUAACCUUGCGAUCGAGCAGCACGACUCCAGCUCUGCAUUCGAGGGGAAUUCCUCUCUAGCGGCUCAUUCCGCGUAUGCAAAGGAGUUUCUCGAAUCUGCCGUUUCACACAGUACACCCGAAAUGUUCUCUAGCCCAAAGAUUAGCGAGGCUCUUUCAUCUCUGAAACAGAUUGUUGAGAUGCAAAGUAAACAGCGAGACGCCGGAACGCAGAGAGGUCAACUCUCCAGUCGAUUGGGCUCGCGCUGUGACAUACGUGAAUUGGAGAUGCCACCCUUACCAGUGGUUUUAUCCGUACUGAAAAAGGCCAAAGAGAAUCCGCCCGCCUCCUUUGGUGGCUACAUUCCCUUCUUUACGGUAGACUAUUUUAUCUCGAGGUGCCAGGAAGUCUACUUUGCGACAGAUGAUUACUCCGACGCGACAUUCAUUAUCGCUAACUUUGGUCUCUAUGGUAUAUUUGUUGAGUUCGGAUACUGCGAGAAGGAGCCGGCCACAAGAGACGAAUACCAACGUUAUGUCCAGGUAUGCAAGGAUAAUUUGGAGGCAGCAUUGGCGAAUUUGAAUAUUUUGAUGCCAGUAACCAUGGACUCUGUCGUGGCACUUGCCGUUGGUGCAAUUCAUGGAAUCGAGAUAUCGAAACCGUCGGUCAGUUGGACUCUUGCCUCGACAGCUAUUCAAAUGUGCCAGACUUUGGGAUACAAUCGCCGCUCUUCCAUGGAACAUGACCCUCCUGAACUACAACACCGAAAGCAGGACAUUUUCUGGUCUGUCUACACAAUUAUCAACUUGAUGGUGUUGCGCUUGGGGCGUGCUCCAGUGGUACAAGCCUGCGACGUGGACAUACCUUCGCCAUUCGAAUGCUUCCCUAACAUGGGAGUAUGGAGUAUGGUUUGCUCCCUAUGGGCUAGACAAGCCGUCAUCCAGAGCGACAUAUAUACCAAUCUAUACAGCCCGACAGCACUAAAUCAGCCAGAAAGCGAGCGAGUGCUCCAUGCUCGGCGCUUGGCUAAUGAAAUGCGGAGGGACGUCCUUGAACCUUUCGAUCGAAUUCUGACUACCGAUUUGAACAUGUCCGAAGUCGAUGUUAUCUACCUUCGCUCUGAUGGGGUCAGUCGAUUGGCAAUUUUGACAUUGAUAUACCGUGCUAUCCCGGUUGAGCCCGGCUCGCCCAGCACCUUCAUUCCGGAGUGUAUCGAGACGGCCAGAGCGGCCUUGGAGCUCCAUCAGAUGUGCAUAGCAAGUCUGAAAGAAGCUUCCGAGAAUCUACGAUGCUCAUACAUGCAUUGGGCGAUUUUCCUCUCCCCAUUUGUCCCCUUCAUCGUCAUAUUCUGUCACGUCAUCACCACAUCCGACCACGAAGAUCUCAACCGCCUCGAAGAUUUCGUCGCCUCUCUACGCCCCCUCUGCCGUUUCUCCCAAUCAAUCGAUCGUCUUCACAGCCUCUGCUCAGUCCUCGGCACAGUCGCCCGUCUCUACGUCGAAGCGAAAUCACGAAAACAAGCCGGCGAGGACCAGAACAUGGCAUCUGUCGGCCAGGAAUUCGAUGCCUACCUGAGUGCGCUUGGAUUGGCACCUGGAAAUGCGGUCGCCAAUAAUCCAUGGGGCGCGUUUCAGCCGGAUGGUUCGUCUAUGACUACCGGUGUGGCGGAUCUGUCGCUCCAGGCUUCUGGGUAUGGAAAUCCGCCUAUGCCAGCCCAGGGGCAACCUCAAGGCCAGGAUAUGUCGAUGGUGGAAAUGUCGCAGGCUGCGCAAUUGAGCAAUUGGUUCUCUGGUAACCAGUAUAUGAUGGGGUUGCUCGAGGAAGAUAUGUUUCAGUUCAACCCAACAUAA